AUGAUUCCAGCAACUACUGCAGCAGGCUCAAUUUCUCGCCUUGAGCUCCUUCGGUGGUUUCAACAGGGCAAGAAGACAGGCAAGGAUUUCAUUCUGGUUGAUCUACGUCGUACCGAUUUUGAGGGAGGCACGAUCCGAGGCUCUCUGAACCUUCCAGCGCAGAGCUUAUAUGCUACCAUUCCGACUCUACAUUCUGUCCUCUUGCAGGCCAAGAUCGCCAAUGUGGUGUGGUAUUGUGGCUCUUCUCGAGGUCGUGGAAUGCGUGCUGCCAAUUCAUUUGCAGAGUACCUGGUAGAACACAAGGACAUGCAUAUCAAUAGCCUAGUACUAGACGGAGGUAUCAAGGGAUGGGUGGCAUCU